GUGACUCAAACACUUCGAUGCUCAACCAAAGUAGACUCUGCUGCAACGCCCGCUGGUGGUCUGCUGUACGAUCUCUACACACAAAAAUAACACAUAGAAGCCUCCACCUCCGAGAUCCUCGAAAUUUGGGCCUUCAGGGUUUGCAUAACAUUCGUUUUGACCUAUGUUUGUCGGCCUCUAGGCACUUCAGCAUCUCCCCCAUAAAAUGGCAACAAGAAGUUCCGUUUGACAGGCUUCUGGAAGAAGAAAAGGCUAGUCUCACAGAAGAACGUGCAGCUGACUCUGUGGACGUCUGUAUUGUGGGAGGAGGUCCAGCUGGAUUGGCUACAGCCAUAAAACUUAAACAGCUCGAUAAUGAGCACGGAUCUGGAGAAUUGAGAGUGGUGGUAUUGGAAAAAGCCGGUGAUUUCGGGUCCCAUAUUGUCAGUGGGGCCGUAAUAGAGCCCCAGGCUUUGCGGGAAUUGUUUCCUGACAGUGAACACCUAGAAGAUGGAACUGGAAUCCCUUUACCAGCGGAAAUGGUUACUCUUGUAACAGAAGACCACAUGAAGUUCUUAACUGAAAAUUACGCUUUCCUGUUGCCAGAACCUCCACAGAUGACAAAUAAGGGCAAGAACUACAUUGUUCCUUUGAGCAGCGUCGUCAACUAUCUUUCUGAGCAAGCAGAGGAGUUGGGAGUAGAAUUAUAUCCUGGAAUCUCUGUUGACGAAAUUGUCUACAACUCCAAUGGAGAAGUAAAAGGUGUUGCUACAAAAGACAUGGGGGUGGGAAAAGAUGGAGUGCCGAAAACAAGCUUUGAAAGAGGAAUGGAGUUUCACGCAAGAAUCACCGUAUUGGGCGAAGGAUGUCAUGGUUCUUUAACUAAACAGGUGGUUGCGAAGUAUGACCUAAGAGCCAACAGUGAUCCUCAGACUUAUGGAAUUGGGAUCAAAGAAGUGUGGCAGGUGAAGCCCGAAAACUUCAAAAAGGGCUACGUGGGUCACAGUUUGGGAUUCCCAUUACUGACAAGCGAAUAUGGAGGAGGAUUUAUGUACCAUUUUGAUGAAGAUAAGGUUGCAAUUGGAAUUGUUCUUGGAUUGGACUAUGCAAACCCCUACGUGUCCCCGUACCAGGAAUUCCAAAAGAUGAAGUUGCAUCCCUUUUACUCCAAUGUUUUGGAAGGUGGACAAUGUUUGAGUUAUGGAGCUAGAGCUUUAAACGAGGGAGGAUACCAAUCUAUUCCCAAGUUGAAUUUCCCCGGAGGUAUUUUGGUAGGAUGUUCAGCUGGGUUUGUGAAUGUGCCCAAGAUCAAGGGAACGCAUACUGCCAUUAAAUCUGGAAUUGUUGCAGCUGAGUCCAUCUUUGAGGAGAUUAAAGAGUUAGAAGUUGUCGAUGAGUCUACCUUUGAAGAGGAACAAGAGGCCAUAAACUUGAACUCCUACCACGAGAACUUUGAGAAUUCUUGGGCCUAUAAAGAACUCUUUGAGGUUAGAAAUGUCAGACCCUCUUUCAACACACCCCUUGGUAUGGUUGGAGGAAUUGUUCAUUCAGGGAUAUCCACCAUGUUCACGAUGGGAUUAGAACCAUGGACUUUACACCACAAGCAUACGGAUGCUGAGGCUACCAAAGAUGCUAAAUACUUCACUCCAAUUGAGUAUCCAAAGCCAGAUAAUAAAAUAACCUUUGAUAUUUUGACCAGUGUUUCCAGGACUGGAACCUCUCAUGAUGAUGACGAGAUGUGCCAUUUAAGAAUCCCUCAACAGGAUUACAAAAAGCAUGCCCAAAUAUCUUAUCCCAGGUUCAAAGGAAUUGAGCAGAGAUUCUGCCCUGCUGGAGUCUAUGAAUAUGUUGAAGACGAGACUGACAAAGAUCUUGGAGUUCAAUUCAAAAUCAACUCUCAAAAUUGCAUCCACUGUAAGACUUGUGAUAUCAAAGUGCCUACACAAGAUAUAACCUGGCUGGUACCUGAAGGAGGAGAUGGGCCCAAAUACUACAUGACAUAGACUGUAAAUAUAAUAGACACAAUAAUUUUUGUA